GCCUAGCACCGUGUACAAGUCAUUCGUGGGUCUUAUUAGUCUUUCGGGUUGACAUGGAAAGGCGGAUAUUACACCCAGAGGCAAUUAUUCCCGUCGCCAUUCCGCCGCUAUGCUCAUCUCCCGUUUCAUUUAUCCCGUCCAGCCAGCCUUCAUAACCCGGGGUUGUGCCCCAAUGGGUGUGGUACUGCUUUUCAGUGUCUCACGAUCAACUCCCAACCCACCCGGAUGUUGUCUCAUCCUUAUCGAAGCCAGUAUCUAACACAAAACUGGCUGGCCAACUGAAGCUCUUGACGACGAUUCCUUCAGAUCAAGCCUUGAAACGCACCACAGGCACCACAGAGAACGAAAAUGUCUCCAAAUAGCGAGUCCCGUUGGGACGGAGAUACUCCGGUACUCGAUCAGGGCGAGUUGGAGAUCAGCGUUGACAAUACUCUCGCGCCCAAAAUUACAGAAAAAGUAUUCGCCAGCGACGAAUCGAUAUCAUAUCUCUAUCUUUCCUUCAGCAGCAACCUCCCGUCGCUUCCAACAGCCCAGGAAGCCGGUCUUCGCGAUAACGAGCAACUGCCGCCAUGCCCAGACUUGCGGGCUUAUACCUCUCCCCUGACUUGGGCUCUGACCCGAAAAAACAUCUUGCUCGCGCUCUCAUGCGUCGCGACGUUCCUUACGGCGUAUACUGCCGGCGCCUACUCGCCUCCCUCUGCCCUGAUGGCAAAGGAUCUCAACACGAGUCACCUCGCCGCUCUUGUCGGCAUUACGACGUUCUGUAUGGGCUUUGCCAUAGCUCCCAUGGCCCUUGCUCCGAUAUCCGAGAUUUUGGGGCGCUACCCAGUCUUUGUCUUUGCUGGCGUCGUAUAUGUCAUAUUCCAGGCCGUCUGCCCUGUCAUGACCUCCCUUGCUGGCAUGCUGGUUGCCCGGUUCUUGGUUGGGGUUGGUGGCUCAGUGUUCAGCUCCAUCAUUGGCGGUGUUAUCGCUGAUUUAUGGGACAAAGAAGAGAGGAAUACCCCAAUGGCAGUAUUCAGCGGAGCUGUACUGGCAGGAACUGGAGCAGGGCCGCUGGUUUCCGCAGCCUUUGUGGAUGGCAUGAGCAAUCCAACGCAAGCAUGGAAGUGGGCUUUUUGGCACCAGGUAAUCAUGGACGGUGUCCUUCUUGUUGCCAUCAUAUUCUUCUUCCGCGAGACCCGAGGGUCAGUCUUGCUGUCGAGGAAAGCCAAAAGGCUGAACCAAUGGUACGAACAACUGGAGAGCGCGGGCGCCUACGGCGUCUGGGUAACAGAAGUUGAGGAAGAUACUGCUGAAUCAUCAUCGUCGACCAUCAAAACCCUACAGCCCGACCCCGCCGAACUUGAGUAUAGCUCUGGUCAGGAACAAAGGCCGCAGCGUCGAUUACGGCGCGUCAGAUGGGUUGUCAAGGCGGAUGAACAGCGGGCAUCAUUGGCCAAGAUGAUGUCGACAUCGGUCCAACGCCCCUUCUAUCUACUCUUCACUGAGCCUGUCGUUUUUUGCUUCUCGAUUUGGGCUGCUUUCUCGUGGGGAGUCCUAUACUUGUCCUUCGCCGUUGUUCCAUACCUCUACUCAGACAACCUCGACAUGUCCAGCCGUGUCUACACGGCUAUGAUUGCAUCUGCUAUUGUCGCAACAAUCGUGGGCAUCUUGCAAGAAAAUCUGAUGAAGCAUCCCCAAUGGAGGAAGCAAGAAGAGGGAGACAAGCCCCAAUCGGGAUCCAGGUUUUGGGCAUUCAUGAGGAAGAACUUCCCUGCGGAAGCGCCAGAAGCAAGGCUUUAUUUUGCAUGCAUUACAUCGCUAUUCCUCCCCGCAGGAUUGUUCGGUGCAUUUCUGGGUCCAGCCAGCUCUAGCCAUUACGCACAACCCAUCGGGAUUGGAUUCGCCAACUGGGGUAUUUACUCAGUGUAUCUCGCAACCUUCAACUACCUUGCAGACACAUAUCACCUCUAUGCUUCGUCGGCUCUCGCCGCCCAGAGCUUCUGCCGCAACGUGUUGGGGGGUUCAUUCCCAAUCAUCACUGGGCUCAUGUUCGACAACCUCGGUCUGCGAAACGCGGGAUGCCUCCUUGGUGGGAUUGCUAGCGGACUGACACUUAUUCCCUGGGUUUUGGUGUUUUUCGGAGAGAAGAUUCGGUCCAGGAGCAAAUUUGCUAUUUCUUUGCAAUAAAGUCUUGGAUACUUUUCGCAGAAUAACAGGGUGUACAGGCUUUUCUCUCGGUUUCUUCAAACUGGGGGUUAGCUUUGACAUACUAGACCUUCUAGGAAGAGCAAGAGUUGGAGAGUUCAAAAUUAUGACUUAUGAUGAGGAAACUAGAUAGCCAGUCUUUUCAUAGCAG